GGCAAGAAGUGGUACGGUGGCAAAGGUCGGGCGACGAAUAAGAGGACAAAAGGGGGUGGUCAUUUGUAUGUCUUGCCAUCGCCAUCGAAGGCUGCCCUCCUUCUUCAAGAUCCUUCACAGAAAGAGUGAAUAUAUUGAAAGAGGCAAACGAUGGCGCUGAUCCGGGUUCGGCUGGGGGUCCCCUCGAUCCACUGCCCGACGUGCGUCACCCACAUCGAGACGCUCUUACAGCCACCGUCGGUUUCUCCCGGCUCCGUCGCCGUCUCGGUGCUCGACCACAGCGUCGCAUUUGACCUCUGGCUCGACGAGGCAGACUAUCCCACGGCCCAGACCCGUCUCGCCUCCGUCCUCGCCAUCCUUCGUGAGGGCGGCUACGAAACCGAGAGCGUCGAAACGAGGCGCGUGCCCGUCGAUGCACCAAGGCGGUCGUCGACAUCUUCGUCCAGGACACAAGCAUCCGUGGGGAAAACAAGGGACAACGAUAAGCACGCGACGGCGCUUGAUGACCAGCUCCGCCUGCUCUCUCACCUCAGCUUCCGUUACGGCGGGGACGACGACGGCAAUGACGGCAAGGAUGGUGAGGGCGGGCCACCGUCGCUCUAUCAGCGCUUGUUCCGGCCACGCCACGCACAAAGACUGCGCGAGAGGGAGCAGAAGAGGCAGGAGCAGCGAGACAGGUGGCAACGCCACAUUGAGGCCUGCGAGGCGUGCCGAUCCCAGACCGACGCUGGCGUCGCUCGCCAGCAGCGCGAAUCGGAAGCGAGCCGUCCGCAAGAGCGCUAUCACGUCGAGGUCUCGAUUGGCGGCAUGACUUGUGCAUCGUGCGCUGCUAAUGUGAAGACGGCGGCGGAACACGUCGCUGGGGUCCUGGAGAUCUCUGUCGAAGUAAUCGGCGGACGGGCGACGGCGACGGUGGACUCCGAGGCGGCGGCAGGCAGUCUGGCGGAAGCCAUCGAAGAUGCCGGCUACGAGGUGUCUCUGUCCAAGGUGGUCCCUCUCACGGCAGACAAGAGCAACGGUGAAGACGAAGAGAAGACGCAUCGGCAUGCACGGGAGCCGUCGCAGUGGCAGACAUCCUUCAGCAUUCACGGCAUGACCUGUGCGUCGUGCGUUGGCAAUGUGACGAAGCUCGUCGAGUCGGACAAGCACGAGCUGUGCCCAGAGGGCGUAGAGCUUGUAUCAUUCGAGGUGUCUCUCUUCCAGAACAGUGCUGUUGCUGUCUUUCGAGUCGAGCAGCAGUCCGGAAAAGAGGAAGAUGACGCAAAUGCUGUCCGAAUUGCUUCGGAGAGGGUGGCGGAGACCAUCGAGGAUGCCGGUUACGACUGCUCCAUAUCCGACAUUGCCAAACAUAGGGAGAAGCAGGGGCCGGCGCAGCGCAGUGGCGAACAAAGGACGCUGGACGUCGUCCUGGAGGGCAUGUUCUGCCAGUACUGCGUCGAUAAGGUCCGACGUCACAUUGAGCAGCAGGUUGACAGCGGACUUCUGAUCUGCGACCUUGACCGUCUUUCACUGUCUCACCCCCGGCUGACACUGACAUACACGCCCAACCCACCGAGCCAUACCGUCCGAUCCAUUCUUGACGGUCUCAACGGCAUCGACCCCAACACCAUCCAAGCCCGACUGGCCCCAUCCUUUGGGUCCGAUGCAAACUCCUCUUCAGCCAGCGAGCGCUUUGCUCGGCGCGAGCUCCGCCUGCUCCUCAUUCGCCUCGCCCUCGCCUUUCUCUUUGUCCCACCAACGCUCCUCAUCGCUGUCCUCGUGCCGACGUUUCUGCCUCGCCAACACGCGCUACGCCGGUCACUGUCCUUGCCCACCUGGGGAAGGACAACGCGUGCCGACAUCAUCCUCUGGGCCCUGGCGACGCCCGUGCAGUUUGGCGUGGGCAGCAUCUUCUAUGCGCGCGCCUUCAAGAGCCUCAGGACGACGUGGUCUCGCCGUGGCAACCGAUCCUGGAUCGACAGGACGCUGCGAUGGGGCGACAUGAACGUCCUCGUCGCCCUCGGCACCAGCGUGGCCUACUUUGCCAGCCUCGUCUUUCUCUUCGUCGAUGCCUCGAUGUCGGCGCCCAAGGACGGCAUGAUGGACAUGGGCGAUUCGAUGCUGUAUUUUGACACCAGCGUCUUUUUGGUCUUCUUUAUCCUCCUGGGCAGGGUCCUCGAAGCAUGGUCGAAGCGCAAGACCACGAGCGAUGUAGCGGCUCUGGGAGCAUUGCGACCCACGAGUGGCCUCCUGAUAGUCGACCAGGGCGACAGCACGACGACAGCAUUGCAAACGCGCACUGUUGACGUCUCGCUCUUUGAGAUCGGAGACGAGGUUCUCGUUCCCGUGGGGUCGUCACCGCCCCUGGACGGCGUCGUGGUUGGAGCCGAGAAUGCGCCGGAAUUCGAUGAGUCGGCGUUGACGGGCGAGUCGAGAGGCGUGCCCAAGGCAAACGAGGACGUCGUCUAUGCUGGUACGGCACACAUUGGGUCACCCUCUGCUUCAACAUCGUCUUCUGCACCUUGUCGCGUUCGCAUCACCGCUCGCGCCGGUUCAUGCGUCGUCGAUGGCCUCGUCGAUGCCGUCCGCGCCGCAGCAUCCAAGAGGGCGCCCUUACAGGCUAUUGCCGACACCCUCGUCGGCUACUUUGUCCCAGCCAUUGUGGGCCUCAGCAUCUUGGUCUUAUGCGUUUGGUGUAUCGUUCUCUACGCUCCCACCGGCGUCAACGUACCCGGCCACGAAGACGAGGAACGGAACCGCUUCCUCUACGCGCUACAAUUUGCGGUAAGCGUUCUCGUUGUGGCGUGCCCCUGUGGCAUCGGUCUGGCUGUGCCUGCGGCUCAGAUGGCUGGCGUGGGUGUCGCUAGCCGCCACGGCGUGCUCGCACGAGGCGGCGGACCUGCUUUGGCGAGGGCUGCAAAGUUCGCGUCGUCCUCCCCUGCGAGGACGGCCGGCAGGGCCAUGGUAUUCGACAAGACGGGGACCAUCACACGUGGUGGGGGUGGCGCUGUCGUCGAGGAAGCCCGAUUCUUGGGGCAAGGCAAAGCGGAGCAGGGAGACUGGGAAGAUCGGCAAGAGGACGUGUGGGAUGUGGUGCAGAGCGUCGAAGGCUGCAGCACCCACCCGGUCGCGCAGACCGUCGCGGCUUGGUGCUCGUCUCAGCUUGAGACACGAUCGGCAGAGCAGGCUGGUAGGGCGACCGUCGAUAGUAGCAGCGUGCAAGAAGUCACAGGUCGAGGUAUCAAGGCAGAGAUUGUAGCUUCUGUUACGAAGUCCAGAUCAACCAUCUUCAUUGGCAGCGCUCGUUUCAUGGAGGAGGAGGUCUUCAAGAGUGGCGACCAAGGCGGUGACAUGGCGAAGGAGCAAGUCGAAGCCGUGGUACAGCGCUGGCAAGGCCAAGGCGGCAGCGUUGUCUUUGUCGGCACCGUCGAGCAGUCAUCGUCUGCGUCGUCUGCAAACGCUCGAGGCGGUCGACUGCUGGCCCUCUUUCAUGUCUCUGACUCUCUUCGACCAGAGGCUAAGGAGGUUCUCGCGCUUCUGCGUCGGCAAUAUCUCGGCAAGGAUCCAGAGUCGACGUGGGUAGUCAGCGGCGAUGCGCCUGCAACUGUCGAGGGCGUGGCUGGGCGUGUGGGCGUGCAGCCACAUUGCGCCGUAGGAGGGGUGAUGCCACUCGACAAGGCGAAAUGGGUCCAACGGCUCCAGCAUGGUCUAGCUCAAGCGAAUGGCAACCUGGACAUCGAGCGUCAGAACGCCGAUGCUGAUCACGCAAGCGAGGACCCGAAGAAGACGGCCCUUGUCGCCUUUGUCGGCGACGGCAUCAACGAUGCACCUGCGCUGGCUUCUGCGGACCUCUCUAUCGCCUUGGGUUCUGGCUCGGUUCUGGCGAGCACCACGGCUGACUUUGUCCUGCUGACAUCCGAGGAGCCUCUCGUCGGCAUCCUGACGAUUCUGUCGCUUGCCAAGAGAACACACUUCACGAUGCUGGCCGGAUUUGCAUGGGCGUGCGCCUUCAAUGUUGCACUCAUCCCCUUGGCCGCCGGCGUUCUCGUCCCCACUGGCUUUACCUUGGGCCCAAGCUGGAGCGGCCUCGCGAUGGCUCUCAGCAGUUGCUCCGUCGUUCUCAACGCUCUCACGCUCCGACUUUGGACGCCUCCUCGCCGUGAAUCAGCCAUUUGAGAAUACUAGACGGAUUGUUGCAUUUCCCAUAAGCAGAUUCUCAAGGGAGAGACAGUAAAACAAACAGAGCAGAGACCAAAAGAGCGGCUCUCUGUGCAAGCGUACAAAUACAAAUGGUUCGACAAAGUAAACCUCUUUCUAGUGGCUGGGACCAGUUGCAAAGGUCGUUUUCUUGAUGAAGGGGAAAGCAUCGAUGUUGAGGAAGCGGCCCGUCGAAGGGAUGAGUUGG